AUGGUUGUAUCCUGUUCAGAUUAUGGUUGUUCUAAUAGAUACAUAAAGGGCCAACCAAUACACUUUUUUAAGUGGAACAAUAUUUUACUUGAUAAAUGGGUAAAUGCUUCGAAAAGAAAAAACUUCAAACCUACACAAUGGAGUAGAGUUUGUAGUGAACAUUUCACUGAAGAAGAUUAUGUACAUAGACCUGAUUCUGAUAGACCAUUGUUAAAAAUUGAUUCUGUGCCAUCUAUUUUUAAGACUUUUCCAUCUUAUUUACAACCUAAACCCAUAAAAAUAAGAAAAUUACCAGCUCAGAGAAAUCAAUUGCGUAUUGACGAACCCAUUCUUGAACCUAUUUGUGAACCUAUUCUUGAACCAGUUGAACCCAUUUGUGGUUCAAAUGGUUCCAUAGCUGAAAAUUUAGCUGAAAACUCUAAUUAUUGUGAUAAAGAAGUACAAACAUCUGAUUCAUAUACCAGUGAAUUAAAAUUAAAAAGGAAAAUUAAAUAUCUCCAUCAAAAGUUACGCAGGACACAAAAAAAGUAG